AUGAAGUUUACCAUAACUUUCGCCCUGGCAGCUCUGCUGACCACAGCCGCUGGUCAAGGCUUGGGUGAUCUACCCGACUGCUCGAAAACAUGUGCCACAGGCUCAAUCCCCGAGAGCUGCGGCAUUGAUUUCAAGUGCAUCUGCGAGUCCAAGACCUUCCUAAGCGAUGUCGCCUGCUGCGUCGCUGAUAAAUGUUCUCAGGAGGACCAGGAUAAAACCCUCAAGGUCGCCAAGUCAAUCUGUGCCCGGGGUGGUGUGACCAAUAUACCCACCGAGGUUGUCUGCUCAAGCAGCAAGUCCAGCACCAGCACCAGCACGAGUUCCAACUCCACAGAGACUGGAACCAAGUCUAGCACCGAGGCCUCGGCUGCGACUAAGACCGAGGAUUCGACUAGUCUGACGGGCACCCACACUUCUACCGAGACCUCGAACAGUGCUUCCACUGCCUCGUCCGCCUCUACCGCAGCGGCUAGCACUGGCGUAGCUGCGCUGACGCAUAAGGAUUCUUCGCUCGUGGCUGCUGCUGGUGCUGCGGCUGCGUUCGCCAUUCUGAUCUAG